AUGGGAGGAGGCUCAGGUGCGAGUAAGCCACGCUUCGGCUUCCCCAAGGCGACUGGCUCGUCUAUGUCAUACUGGCUUCUCAGUGCCCAGGGUGACCAGCUUCUUGACUACCGAACGACGGACACUCUGCCGGAGACAGCGGAUAUUGUCAUUAUUGGUUCGGGUAUGACAGGAACGCUUACGGCAAAACACUGUCUGGACACCUGGCCGAACAAGAAGAUCGUCGUGCUCGAGGCCCGGAAAUUCUGCUCUGGUGCCACCGGCCGUAACGCUGGACAUUGCAAGCCGGACAGAUGGCGGGGCUUCCGUGAUUACGAGGAGCGAUUUGGGAAAGACGAGGCCCUAAAGAUCCUCGACAAUGAACACCGCACCUGGUCUGCCCUGGUGGACUACGCCCGCACCAACCAGGUCGACUGUGAUCUCUGGGUUGGCGACACGCUGGACGUCCCAACGACCGCAGAGGAUGCCCGCCAGGCCAAGCAGUGCUUUGAUGUCUACCGGGCUGCCGGUGGGUCGGCGGACCUCGUCAAGGUCAUCGACGAUCCCCAAGAGGCUGUGUCGGUCACCCGCAUCGCCUCUGCUCUGGCCUGCUACGCCUAUCCGGUGUCGACGCUGAAUCCCUGGAAGCUGACUGCACACGUGAUGCGGGCCAACCUCGAGCGAGGCGUCCAUCUGCAGACGCAUACGCCCGUCGUCUGUGUCCGGGCUGCACACGGCUCCUCUGCCUCGGAAGCACGCUGGAUCGUGGACACGCCGCGCGGCAGCAUCGCCUGUCCGACCGUGGUCCACGCCACCAACGGGUAUAGCUCUGCCCUGGAGCCAUCGUUGCGCGGCCUGAUCACGCCGCAGCCGCACAUGUGCGACAAGGUCGUGGCGCCAGCACCGACAUUCCAGGGCUCGCAUCGGCUGGACCACUCGUACAGCGUCCUCGUCGGCGGCGAUGGCGGCUUUUUCAGCAUCAACCCGCGACGGUCCAUCCCCGACGGCGGCCCGGAGGAAACGGUGGUGCUGUUCGGUGGCGACAACCCCGGCCAGGCGGCACUGCAGGCCUGGCUUGACGCGAAUCCGGAGCACUGCGUGGACGACAGCCUGCUGGGCUUUCCAGCGGUCUCGGCCGCCGUGCGUGCGUUUGCCGAGUCGCAGUUUCAAGGCUGGACAGACGGCGCACGUCCGGCCAAGUAUGACCGCAGCUGGAGCGGCAUCAUGGGUGUCACCGCCGACGGAAUGCCGUUUGUGGGAGAGCUCCCGGGCCUUCCGGGCCAAUGGAUCUGUGCCGGCCACAACGGACACGGCAUGGCCUGCAUCUUCACGGCGGCACCAGGCCUCGUCGAGCUCAUGGCUGGUCGGUCCUGGGCCGAGACACAGCUGCCGGCCCCCUUUCAGAUCACGACCGCACGACUAUCGCAUUUGGCACAGGACCUUGGCGAGCAGGCUCUAUUUACGAGCCCUUUUGAGAUCGAAUCGAUUCGCAAAAGCGUGAUUCCUAGAACGGGCAUUGCCGACGAACAGGGCCUUCGUCCGUUCAUUCACACUGCUAUUGAGGCGCCUGCUACUGCCAUUCUGAAAGCCCACUUCAAGAUUCUGCAGCCCGACAAGGACCUGAUGAUCGAGUUUAUGAGCAGUGCCUAUGGCCGAUUACCGCAGAGCGAACCGCCUUCGAAAAAGGCUUCGCCGGUAAAGGACGUGAUGCCCAACCGAUGGGCAUUUCUGGUUGAUGCUGACCCUUCCAACGACCUCACUACCGCCAUCCUCGUGGGUGAAUACAAAGCUCCUCACAAGCUCAAAGCAGCGACAUUGCACAACGUAAUGUCCAGAAGGCCAGGGGACACAUUCUUCCCCCAGGCGAUCCGAACGAAGCUACCAGAAGAGCAGUUGGCCCCGGCAGAACAGCCCACAAGGACCGGAAGCAAUGCCAGUAGCUACAGGGUGCCGGGUCAUGUGUUGGUUGCUCAAGUACUUUGCCAGGCGUACCACUACAUCAUUGGCUCGGGCUGUGAGUAUGGCUACGUGUCGUCGGGGGACAGUCUUGUGUUUCUGCGUGUCCUGGCCGAUGCACCGGAGACGCUGUACUACCACUCGGUUCGGUUUUCUGUCCCCCCGAUCUUGAAACCGGACGAGCGCCGCCGACAGAAUGCUGGUCUCCGAUCUGGCUCCGAAACAGCGGUGGCACAUAUCGUCAGCCUGUGUCUAUGGGCCGCCGAGACAACGCCGCGGCCGCUGGGCUGGAUCGAUACUGUCAGGAAAAACGCGCCACGCUGGCCGGCCAGCAAGGUCAAAACUGACAGCUCGCAACCAAGACCUUUUGGAAGUCCAGACGAUAAAGGCAGUGGGGGCGGUGGUGGUGGUGGCGAUACGGAUGAAGCUGGUCCUCGCGAUCCACCACGGCUACCCUUGCCGUCUGGUCCCCUGAAGCGCGGACGCUCGCCGACGCGACGGGAACCACCCAGCGGGGGCGGAAUGACGGCCUUGGCAGCAGCGCCAUCUAAGCCAUACGGUUCCUUUGUCGAGGAACCGCCCAGAUUGCCGUACUGCACACAGGCCUGUCUGCGCGGCCUUACGCACGGGCUGCCCCUGGAUAGCAGCUGCCCCAACGUGGCACUGCACCGGAAAGCGCACAGACACGGCAGCAAGGCGAUGCGGAGGCGCUCGCUGUCUAUGGACGGCCACCCGUUGACGGCAGCCUCGUUGGCCUCGCUCGUGGUGGCUCAGAUAGCCGCCAACGUGGACAAGGACUGCGAGUGUCUGGACAAGAGAGGCAUGUACGGCCGCUUCGGGGUUCUCUUCAAGAUCGCCGCGACCGGGUACGGCUACACGUUUGUGGGCAAGAGUGUGGAAGCGGCCGACUACGAAGUCCUGGAGCGGGAAGCCCAUGUGUACAAUGCCGUUCCCGAUCUGCAGGGUCGUCUCAUCCCCGUCUUCCUGGGCGUGGUCGAGCUGGCUCGGCCCAUUCCGCUGCGCACCUUUAUUGACGUGUCGCAUAUGCUGCUCAUGUCGUAUGCUGGCCCUAGUCUCUACGCGAGACAUCUCCUGCCCCGGAACGUGGACAUGGAUGCAGAGGCAGACCGCUCAAUGCGAGAGCUCGAGAUUGCCGGGGUCUACAACGAUGAUAGGCGCGAUUGCAACCUUGCCUGGAACGAGGAGGUGCGCCGUGUCAUGCAUCUUGAUUUCGACCGGGCCUGGCUUCAUUCCCCCCCCAAGCCCACGCCUCCUUCGCCGCUGCUGGUGAAGACAGAAUGGACCGCCGAGUUUGGUGAUGACGAUAGUGACAGCCGCGCGAUGAAGCGCACGCGAACAACGGACGCAGACACGUAA